AUGUUGAAUAUAAUAAAUGUAUUGAAGGGAAAGGUAUAUUUUGAGGGGCUACUAAAAAUAUCUAUUAAUUUAGGUGAAAACAAGAAGGCACAACUCGAUGCAAAAAAUAAAUUAAAUAAACGAAAAAAUGAUUGCAUUUUUGCUUCAAUACUUUAUUAUUAUGAAAUUAAAAUCAGAACAAUUGGAACUGAUUAUUCAUCGUUUGGUUUUCGAAAUACAAAAGGAUAUAUUGUAUUGGGAAAUGCUGGUUAUAUUUGGUAUUCUCCAGUUCCUUUAGGUAAAGAAAAGGUUUCAUUUCAAAUUCCUAUUUCUUGGAACGCUGGAGAUAUUCUUGGAUGUGGAUUAGUUUUUCCACCAACAAAAAUGAUAGAAAAACAUCCUUAUGUUUUCUUUACACAAAAUGGAAAUCAGAUUGGUAAAGCAGUAUUAUUGAAAGAAGAAAGUGAUGAUUAUUUUAGUUUAUAUUUAAGUUUAAAUUGCCUUUCUAUUGAAGCAAACUUUGGCAACGAUCUGGAUGCUAAACCAUUUUGUUUUGACGUUUCUAAACAUUUAUUUGCUGAGGAAUUUUAUAAUUAA